GUGCCACCCAUCCAACAUCGGUCACGCACCUUAGCUGGCAGCAGUCGGUCGGCUGGCAAUUCAAAGAAGCAACAAACUUCAGUCCUUCCCAUUGCCUUAGACAUUGUCGUUCAACUUGUCGGCGGUUCCGUUGAUGGACAACGACGACACUUUUGUUAGUGGCAACAGUGGCGGCGGCGACGGCGACAAUGCCAGCGCCUGAUUUCGCUAUUGCUGUUGUGCCAGUGCGGUUUUGCUUGCGGAUGCCGAUUAACGACCCACCAACCGAUGCAGCAGCAGCGGCAGCGCUCACGUUCGGCACCCAACAGUUGCCGCGAUCUCGCUAGUUCAGUGUUGGCAUUCAGAACGUGCGGAUGUCCUGACGCUUAUCGAUAUACUUGUACGUUCCAACCUACCGUUAUACGCGCACCGAAAUCGGAACGCGUGAGUGUGUGUGAAAAGCAAAAGUUGUUUCUAAAAACAAAUAAAAAAUUUAUAAAUACGUGUGUCAGCAUGCAGGACGCAUGAAGUUUUGAAUGCGUCGCUUCAACACUCACACACACACAUACAUGUGAGCGUCGCCAUGUGGCAGGCGGAUGUGCAAUAAAAAACGCGCGAUUUUGGUGCGUGAUGAAUUGGCGUCGAGUGUGUGUGCCAUUUUGUGUGAAGUCCGUGCCGGAUAAGUGAUAUGAAGUGCAAGAAGCAACAAAAAGAAAACGAAAACAAAAACAAAUAUAUGCAUGUAUGUGAAAAAGCAGAUAAAAGCAAGGAAAAUAUUUGUAAUAGGAAAAAAUUGCAGAGCGAAAGCUAAAUCAUAAAUUCACACGUGAAUGAGUGAGGAAAUUGUGACGAUUUAAUACGAGUGCAGGCGCUUACCACACAUACACAUGCACGGUGAAAUGUUGGCAAGUGUUUGAUAUUAAAAUAUACCGAUUUAAACUUAAAUGAAUGCGUAAAAAAGUUGCGAAAAAUAAACUUUUCCACUUUUCUUUUUAUGGCGUGGUUUUUUACAGCAAAAAUUAAUAAAUAAACGACAAAAACAUAAGUAAAUACAGCAGCAGAAAAAGCGCGUGUAAUUUGUAGUGAAAAGUUGGCAACAAGCGGAAAUCGCUGCUGAAGUGUAAACAAAUGUGACACACGCCUUCCUGAAUUUCCAAAAACAAAUACGAAAAAUACUAAUGAAUGCAUGCAGCGGCAAUAAAAAGGUGGAGGAACGGUGAAUCCGUAUUAACGUUAAGUCACACACGAAGAGCUUUCAUUUAAAAAACGGUAAAAGCAACAAAUUUGCAGAAAGUGCGUCUUAAGCAGACAGCGAAGGUACACAUUAAAGAGAGAAGGGGAAAAAGUGAAAAAGCGAGAGGUGUGAAAAUUUAAGUUAAAGUUACAAAGUGAGCGGAGAACUAUUUUAAAACAAAUUCUGUUAUAAAUAUAAAAAAAUAUAAAUAAAACAAUAAAAAAAUAGUAUAUGAGAAAAUUAAAAUAUAAGAAACAGUUGUAAAAAGGAAUAACAUAAAAAAAAAUUAGUAAAAAAUAAAAUAAAUACAAAUAUUAAUAAAAAAAAAUGUUUAAUAAAAUAAUUUAAAAAUAUUCAAUAUAAAAAAAAAACCAAAUUGUAAAUAAAAAUUUCUUUGGAAGGAUAUAGCAAAAAAUUUAAAUAAAUAGUGGCAAUACUACAAAUUCCAAAAACAAAAUAAUUAAGCUAAAUAUUUUGUAAACGAAAAAAAAAAAAAAAAAAUGCCUAAAUGCAAAGUUGCUGUAAAGUUUACACUUUCAUAAGUUUCCACGUCCGUUUACAUAUUUGCAACAGUGUUAAAAGCAUAUUAAGACAAAAAGUGCAAGAAAACAUACUAAAAGUUUAACGCUUACUCACUGACUAACUGAUAAAUACAAGAAAGAAAACACACACCUACACAUUGCAUACAAUACAUAAAGCGCGGGGGCGUAUACGUAACCUCAAUACAGUGUAAAUAAAUGGAAUAAGAGCACUGUGCAGCGAAGCGAAGUCAAGUGCAUGUAAUGAUAUAAAGAAUCAAGAGCAGUAAAUAGAAGGAAAACAGCAAAAGAAAACUUAACAAUAAUAACAAAAACAACAAUAAAUAAAAAAUGCAAUAAAACUAGUGUGUGUGAGUAAAUUAUUGACGGCUGCAAAGUGUACGAAAGUGUGAAGUGAAGUGAGCGAAAUUGAAGGGAAAGGGUAAUGGAAAAGGAACACAAUGGAAUGCAACAAAAAAGAAAUUAAAGAAAACUUGCAAAAAAUUAAACUUAGAAAGUAAAUAAAAUACAAAUAAUGAAGUUUACGAGCAGCCGGCGGCAGCGAAAAGCUGCAAAGCCGACGUAAAGUGAAAGCCAGAGCGGGAAGGAGAAGAUAAAAAUUAGUAAUUGAUAAACAUUUGUUGUUCUAAUGCAAUGUGGAAGGCGGUGAAAAGUUAAGUAAAGUGUGGACGUGAUAAAAUAGAAAUAAAGAAAAAGUAAAACAAAUAAAUAAAAAAGCAUAAGAAAAAAUAAAAAAAAAAACAAUAAAAAAAAACUUAUGGCAACUAUUUGCUAGAGGAGACGUGGCGAGUGCAACAAAUGGCGCACAAGAGGCAGCAAAUUAAAUAUCAAUAGUGUUAUUGUGGCAUACAAAGCAUUAGCGGAAGUAACUAUAAGGUGUAAUGUAGAUGGUUGCGUCUGCAAAAACAAACAGUGAGCCGGAAAGAAAGAAAAAAUAAAUAAAACACUAAAAAGAAAUAAAAAUAAAGAUAACGAACACACAUAUGCGCCACGAAAGGUGAAGAAGCCAGCAUUUCAAAUUACUAUCCGUGCAAUGUUGCUGCAGGCGGGGCCUGUCAUGGUCCCAGUGACGCCAAACAGCGAUAAAAUGUGUUGUUGUAGCGAAAACAACAACCAACACCACCCUACCGAAGAAGGCUCAAAACGAAAACCCCAUAAUACUUGCACCACUUGCCACCAACUGCAGGCCAGCAGCAUUAAAAAGAAUGUAUGUAGUACACAUUUAGGCGCUAUGCCAGGUGGUGAUGCAAAACCCGCGUUAGUGCGACACUUACGGCUUUGGCAAGCGUGUCGUCGGCGCAGGCGGCGUAAAAAGGGUGGCGGAGAAAUGAGAAAUGCACACAAAAACAAUAACAAUAACAGCAUACAACGCUGUAAUAAGCAUAAGCAAGCGAGGGUGGCACGAACACGACGUACAAUGCAUGCAACAACUACACGCGGUGCUAUUGAAAAGCGAAAAUUAAGAAAGCGCGUAAUCAGUAGCAUGGCUACAAGCAAUUGCAGUGGCGCAGCGUUGGCAACGCGCUUGUUGCUUGCGGAUUACAACGACAGCGGCAUGUUGCAAGCGCGAAACAGUAAUUGCCUGCGAGCAAGAACAACAACAACAACAGCUGCAGCGGCUGCUAGAGUGGCAUUGGAAAGCCGUGCAAAGGAGCUGUUGGGUUUACGUAGUGCAAGAGCAGCAACAAAAACAACAACAACAAUAGUAACAACAAUAACGGGAACAAGGCCGUUGUCGAAAUUGGUGAAAUGUGAGCGCCCAAUAAAAAAUGCCACACUAGCAACAACGGCAUCUGAACAACAGCCAACACCGUUAGCCUGCCUGCAUCAACAGCAACAACUCGAAACUGGGUUUCAAGUUGACAGCGCAGGAAUGUUGCGUGCCCGUAGCAGCGGCAAACCCGCUGGUGUAUCGUUAGAACAACAGCUUAUCACACGUGAGUUCCAAAAUAAGCAGCUGCAACAACAACAACAACACUGCCUUCAACUAACAACUGCUGCGGCACUACAGCAACCAGCUGCCAAAGUAAACUACUUGCAACAUCGAAGUUGGCGAAAUUUAAUUGGAUGUGUGGCAAGCACAUGUCCAACAACAACAGCUACCAUUAUAAAUACGAUCACAGCAGCAGCAACAAACGUUAUUGCAACAGCGCCAGCAACAACAGCAACAACGCCAAGUGCACCCAAUUGCAACGCGCAUUGUUCGGCUGUCUCAGUUGUGGACACAAAAAUGUCAACUACUCGUACGCUGUCUGCCAAGCAAAACGUUGCGAAAUCAACAACAUCAAAAUUCGUGUGUGUUGAAAUGAAAAAUAUAUCAGCGCAGCAGCGACAUGUUGUGCCGUGUGUCAUUGCGCGUAAAUCCAAGUGUCGAAGUACUAUCGCGCUGACAAGCGCAUUAACAGUGAUGGUGAAAACAGCAGCAGUAACAAUAGCAAAAAAAGCAAUUCAACCGGCAAAAUCUACAAAACGCGAUAAACCAACACAAAUAAAAUUAGCUAGAAGCAGAGCAACAACAACAACUACAGCAAUGUUAUUUGGCAACAUUUUCACAGUACUUGUCGGUUUGCUGACGCUACAUGCUACUGUUCUGCGCUGUCUCCUCUUCACCGCAUUGACGGCGGCAACUGCUACGGUGACGGCCACGCCGUUUGUGGCGCAAAACUCAUUGCUCUUGCUGUCACAACAAAAGCUGGAGCAACACUCGCACAACAACAACAACAACACAAGUAGUGGUAGCAGCAGUAGUAGCACCUUUCCGUCGACUUCAGCGCAUAAUUACAAUCACCGACACACAAUGCUACCCGCCACGCUCGCGUCCCCCGUAACGCAACCACCAGCAUUGGCACCACCAGCAAUACGGAACCGUAUGAUGGAUAUUGAGGUGUUGAACGGCAGCAGUUACUCCGACACCUUGAAGAGUCUCUCUUCGACCAUCGAGGAUGCGGAGGCGGGGCAGGGUGACGUAAAUCAGCUGCCAAUCUUUGACUUUGGCUUGCCGCGUAAUAUAACGGCACGUACCGGUCAAGCGGAAGCUGCAAUUAAAUGUCGAGUCGAGCGCUUGGACGAUAAGUCGGUCUCGUGGAUACGUAAACGUGAUUUGCAUAUACUAACCGUAGCCACGGCGACGUACACAUCGGAUAAACGCUUUCAGGUGACUUCGUCGAAAGAUGGACGCGAAUGGACGUUGCAUGUGAAAUCGCCGCAGGCUCGUGACACCGGUAUCUAUGAAUGUCAGGUGAAUACCGAACCAAAAAUGUCAAUGGCAUUUCAAUUGAACAUCAUUGAGAUACCCGCCGAUUCGCGCGCCAUCAUCAGCGGCCCGGCCGAUCUGCAUUUCAAAGUCGGCAGCGCAAUAAUACUCAGCUGUCAUGUGCAACAGCCGAGCGUUCGUGAUAUUGGACCGAUUUAUUGGUAUCGCGGUGAGCAUAUAAUUACGCCAUUCGAGCUGGACGAAGAUGAAGAGAGCGACAGCGACAUCGUCAUCAACAGCAACAAAAACAAACAUAGUCAUAGCAACGCUGGCGGUGGCAUGGCUACACCAGCGCUGACGGGCAAUGAGCUGGCUGCUGAUGUGACAGCGCCGAUAACAAAUGCCAAGGCAUUGACUGCUGCUGCCGGUGGCCCGAGCGCAAUGGCGGCCACAGUGCCGCACGAUGGCUUAAGCAAUGACAUAACGCCGGACUUCACGGCGCGUAUCGCCAUGGAAUCACAGUUGGGCGACACAAUGAAAUCAAGGUUGCGCAUCUCGAAUGCACAGACAACGGAUACAGGGAAUUACACUUGUCAGCCGACAACGGCGAGCAGCGCUAGCGUCAUGGUGCACGUGAUUAAUGAUGAAAAUCCGGCGGCCAUGCAAAAAAGCAGCGCCAGUUCGAUGCGUAUAACAACAACAACAAGAAUAAGCUUGGCAGCGCGGCUGCCGUUGCUUUUACUAGCAGCAAUAACAACAAUAAUAAUAGAAACACUAAUGACAAGGGCGAAUGUAAUAACGCGAACAACAAAUGCAACAAUGGCAAUAAUAUCAACAAUAACAACAACAACGUUGCUGAUAACCUACUUAACUGGAGUCUAUAUGCCGCAGCCACAACAACAGUUCACGAGGCAGGAAACGCAGAAAUUAAAUUGGCUACGCCAACAAUAGCAAAACCAGCAACAACAGCAACAAAAGCUAUAGCGAUUGUGUUAGCAGCAGUGGCAGCAGGCAUAGCAAUACCAGCAACAAAUACUCUGCAAAUUCUUUGGGUAUUCUUCGUAAUGUCUUGAGCAGUGCCCGUUUGUGAUAGUUGUUAUUGUUGUUGGUUUUGUUUUUGUUGUUCGACUUUUGUUUGCUUUGGCGUUUAAGUUUCUUAUUGCAUUAUUCUAAUGGCGCACUCAUCUAACUAAAAGUAUAUGGGAGCUGACACGCGUACACAAACACACGCACCGUCUUUUCACACACACAUACACAUACAGCGAAGCAUUCAAACACACACAUACACCAACAUUUUGUACCAACUGCACAACUGCUGAAGGUUAUGUUGUUAUUGUUUUUUCGUGAGCUGCUGGCGACACUGUCAGUCCAGUGCUGCAACAAUAACAACUACAAUAAUAUUAUUAUUGCGACUGUCAGGUGGCAGGAACUUCUUGAUGCUUUCGGCUAAUAUGCGCUUGUCGGUAGCAGCUGGCAACAAUCUCAUCAAAAGCAGAACCAACAGCACCACCAGCAUUGUGGCAGCAACAACAAGCAGCAGAAGCAGCUUGGCAUAGUCUGGAUUGCCGAUUGCAGGCUCAUCCACCGCUUGCUCUUAGACUUCCACUUGUCCCUCUUCUUCACCUACUCCGCUGAGGUAUUGCCAUCCAUCGGUCGGUCCAAUAGCUUAAUGGUAAUGCCAGCACAUGAACUUUGCCACAGCAGCAACUUCGCAGUCCGUCACAGGGACACUACUUGCCUUAUCUCUGCGGCAUUUCAACGGUAAAGCAGCGUCGGCGCAUGCAGAAGACGCGUAACAAGCUGACGUCUGUGAAAAUAUCAUUGAAGACGACUAAAGACUACCUACCCACAGACUCACUUAUACACACAUACAUACAUAUACAUAUAUACCCAAAACAUCAUACAGAAGAAUCCUUGAUUCUACCAUGGCUCCUCUGAACACUGGUUGCUCGGAAUGCUGAUUGCCCAUCGCCUCGGAGCUGAGGUAAGUGUUUGCGGUGUGGUGGCGGUGCAUAAGUAAAUCUAAAUACGAAAGGAAGAAGAAACAAAGCAAAAACAGCAAAAUAAAUAGGAUCAAAUAUAGUAAAUAAAUAUAGACGAGAUACACGUGCUGUAGGCCUAACUUAUGUUGGAAAGGGGUGCAAGUGUAGGCAGCCAAAAUGGCAAACCGCUUAAAUAUUAGCAUUUCAUUUUGCUGAAAGGCCAUUGAAGCAAGUGAAAAGAAGAAGAUAUGAAGAUUUCAUAUAAUAUUGUAUUUGAGGCAUAGUGUUGCCAAUCAUUGUAAAAAUCGGGCCCACUAUUUUAAGCUUAGAUUCGGCCAAUGGGUGUUCCAUUUCUUUGAGUUCUACUCAUAGCCAAGAUCCAAGUCUAUAUCAACCUUCCUGCAUAGUGGUUUGACCCAUCUUAGUUAGAUUAGUACCAUCCAUCAAAAUAUAGCUGUCCCUUUCUGUCACUCUUCUCUAGCUUCAGCUAAUCUAUGUAUUUUAAAAGUUUUUCUACGGUUCUAUUUAAAAUAUAACGUAAUUUUGAAAGCUACUUUUAAGAGUCUGUAUUAGGUCUCGGAAGACAUACUAAGCUUAUUCAUAUUUUUAUUUUAGAACCUUCAUUCUUGUUUGAAGACAUAAAGUGAGAGAAAUUAAAAAUGGCUCGGUUGUAACGAAAUAUGUAGCGCACUCAAAUUUCGUCACAGAGAUGGAGCUCCACCAUAGUAAUAAAAACUAUUCCAACUUGAGGGACUGUUUUUUGUUUUUUUUUGUUGACGGUAAAAACCUUUUAUCAUCUUCGAGGAUUUGAUGAUGACUUAUUCUCAAUUUCCUAAAUUUUCGGUGGAUGUGUGUGUUUCGUAUAUGAAGAACGUUUUGGUUACAAUUUAAAAAAAAAGACUUUUCUGCUCAACACAAUAAGGGUGUAUAAAUCAGAAUCCCCACAUUUCUGACUUUCUCUUAUGUCUGUGAACAAAGCAUACCAUUUCUGAUAGCGUUUUCUUUUCUCGAUGAAAAUGUUGACACAUGUGACGUCAUUAUAUAAAUGCAACAAUUUUGUGAGAAAAGAAAACGCUGUUAAUCUUUACCUUUCUUUCUUCUCACCUUGUACACCCCAUAUGUCUUUUAAUUUGUCUAAAAAGAAGAAUCUUCCACCUGAACAUUUCCUAACGUCACUGUAAAAUAUAUUAAAUAAAAUACACGACGUAAAAAUUCAGAUUAUAAUGUUGAAAGACAACACUCGCGACUCAGAGAGGGUAAGACGGUAGCACAAGUUGGUCCACGCGUAUUUACAUACUUGAGAAAUGUGACCUUCAAAAAUAUUGUAUGUAUGCAGUCAAUCACAAUAAGCAUAAAUUUGAUUGAUAAAUGCCGAGUCGAAAUGCAAUGCUUUCAGCUGUUGAUAAAUAAGGUAGGCGAUCGGUAAAUAUGUAAUCAAUGGCUAACAAAAGCGGAAGCAAAAGAAAAUGAAGACACAAUUUGUAUGUAAUCAAAUGGAAAAAGAAAAAGGAGCAAUCAGUAGGAAAAGCAACAAUGAGAGCACAUGACAUCGCAAUUAUUCUGAUUGUUAUGGAAGGUAUCUACAAUAAUUUGUUUAAUAAUAUAUAUUUUUCGGGCAGAAUAUUUUUAUCCUUAAAAUAGUAUCCAUUUAUUCAUAGCUCGAAAUAUAAUAUUUAGUUUAUCAAAGACCCUAGUACAGCUUUUAUUAGAACAAUUAUCCACACAUUUAUCACAAGUCCCAACUCGAGCUGCUUUUUAGGGCAAAGGUGCCACACUUUCUCUACGUUAAUCACUUUUUCAUAUAACAUUAAAAGUAAAGAUUUACGGACUCCUAACUUGCAUCACAUCAAUAUAUAGGACUGUAAUUCUGUAAGCUUCAAAAAUUUUCAAAUUCUCGUUACGCUUCUUCGUCAAAUCUCGACUAGAGGGGCUUCAUAAAAAUACCAAUGUUAUAUAUAAAAUAUGUAAUUUUAUAAUUACAUACAUAAUAGUUAUUCAGAUUUAUUCAGCAGGUUAAAAAUUUGUUUCUUCCAUAAUUUAAGCAUGUUUGCUAGCAGAUACUAGCAUUUAAGAAACAAACAUAGAGUUUUACUGAAAUGACCGUAAUGUGGUUGUAUCUAAUAUUUUUCAUAUUUCAUAAGUUCUGCAGCCAUUAACCCUGCUUCACACAUCUAAAUUGAAACUAGACAUUAGACACAUAAUAACUUUUAUAAAAUGUUUAAAAUUAAAUUUUUUUUCAACUAAAUAACUUUUUUUUUAAAUUUUUUUUUUUGAUUUUUUUUUUUUACAUUUAUAUUUACUUCUCAUUUUUAUUUAGAUUGCCGUAGGGCGUUAAGAUUACUAUUAGUAUAAUAGUAUAUAGGUAUAGUUAAUUAGAUUUAAAAAAAAGUAGUUGAAAGUUGUAUAUAAUAAAAUCUAAAAAGGCUACAACAACCACUAUAUGUUAAGAAUAUACAAACGAAAUUCAAAUGCAUAUGCACAUACAUACAUAUUUAUAUAUGCAUAUGUAUGUAUGUAUCUCACUCUGUGUAUACAUUUUUUAUAUACUAUGUAAGUAAAAACAAGAUUAUCGCAUCAUUCGUUAUUUUUAAUUUUUUUAUUAAAUUUUUUUUUUCACACUUUUUAUUAAAUUUUUUUACCGUAAAUUAAAUUUUUGUAUGUGUUAUUAAUUUUUUUUAAAGAUAUAAAGUUUCUUUAAAAUAUUUUUUUAUAAAAAGCUUUAUAUUUGGCUAUUUCAUUGAAAUCAAAAAAAAAAAAAAACAAAGUAAAGUAACGUAAAAUAAGCGGUGAAACUUUACGUAAGAAAUUCCGCAAUGUUAAAGCAUAGACUUUAUAUAUCAACAUGCAUUCAAAGAUAAAAAUAAUAAAAAUAAAAACUAGAAAAGCACCCGCUGCCAAGCUGCCGAGUGAAAAAUGUAAUCUUAAAAACAAAAACCUAAAACCACAACAAAAGCAUAUUUGUAUAAGUAACAAUAGGCAAACAACUAUAUGCUUAAUACAUUAAACUGCAUAGCAUAGUAUAUAAGCAUGAAUACAUAGUAUAUAUAAGUAAAUAAACACAUAUAUGCUACGAUAUAUGUACAAAGUGGAUUGGUUGAUAGUUAAUAAUGUGCUUAUAUAACGCAUACCAAAAAAGCAAAUAAGGAAUACAGUUAUGUACAUAUAUACAAACAUAAGUAAAAUUACAUACUUUUAGGCGCUGAAGCCGCAGCAAGCAAGCAACAAAUGCAACACUGGCAUUAAGUGCGAAGCAAAAACUGAAUUGAAACCAAACGAAUGCGUGCAAUCCAAACGAAAUAAAAGUAGAAUAAAUUAAAUAAAUGCAAUUAAAAGGUAAUAAAAAGUAAAAAAUUAAUUGAAAUAAAGGGAAAUAAAUUAAAAUACAAAGAAUUAUCAAAUUGUUCUCAAUGCGUGUAAGAAAUCGAAUCAAUUAAUGCAAUGAAUGUGUGGAGAAUUCAAUGAAUGCUAGAGUUAAACCGCGUUAGCGCAAAAUCGUGUAAUGGUAUAACGGUACAUUAUGCAAUCGAACGAGUUAAAUGCAAUUGCAUAUAAUUGGAAUGUGCGUUUGCGGUCAAAUGCAGGCGAGAUCAAACGCACACAUACUAAUAUAAUAUAAACAUAAGUACCAAUACACACACACAUAUACACAUAACACAUACUACAUUACCACAAAGUAGCAACAAACAAAAAAAUGUUAACUUCGGCGGCGCCGAAGCUAUAAUACCCUUCACAGCGCACUUCUUUUAGCAUAAAAGGGUAUAAAAAUAUCUUUAUCUUGGUUGUGAUCGUUCGAUUUGUAUGGCAGCUAUAUGCUAUAAUGGUCCAAUCUGAACAAUUUCUUCGGAGAUUGUAGCGUUGCCUUGGACAAUAACCCGUUCAAAAUUUCGUAAAGAUAUCUUGUCAAAUAAAAAAAAUUUUCAUAAAAGAACUUGAUUUGAAUCGAACAGUUUGUAUGGCAGCUAUCUACAUGCUAUAGUGGUCUGAUAUUGGUGGUUUCGACAAAUAAGCAGUUUCUUGGUGAGUAAAGAACCUUUGCAAAUAUACUUUAGAGAUUCACUGACAAUUCCUGCUGAAUGUUACAAACUUCGUGGCAGACUUAAUAUAGCUUAUGUUGGGUAUAAAAAUUAAGUUUGUAGCAAAAUAGGUGUAUGUGUAUGUUGUGUGUGUGUGGUUGUGUAGCAAGCAUAAAACGCUGGGUAAAUAUGCGCUCUACACUUGUGUGUUUUUGCUAAAUUGCAAAUUAAUUUCCGUUAUCAGCAUGCUCAUCCAGUUUUUGCCUGCAACUUUGCCCUCCAACAUGUUUUUGUUUUUUGUUUUGUUUUUUUUUGCAUUUGCCCCAAAGCAGCUAACGAAAUUAAUUGAAAAAUUGCAUUCAUACCUUUUAUACUGCAUUUAACGGUAAAGCGUAAAUUAAAUUUUUCCGUUAUUUCUUAAAUAAUGCGUGGAAAAAGCUUAUACCUUCUUAUCUCUUCUCAUUUUGUCGUUUGUAUUUUUGAAAAUUUGGACCAUCUAACGGUUCUAUUUAACACCUUACUAUAAUUGAGUUGUUAUUAUAAAUAUAUAGACAUACAUUCUAUAUAUAUAUAUAUAAAAAUCAUCCGAAAGCGGCCAAAGAAAUAAAUUUGGUUCAGGAGUCACUGAAAAGGAAAAUGCGUGAUUCCAUUCAUUUUAAAGUAGGCGUGGUCUGCCCUCCAAAUUGUUUUAUUUUUUUAAGUUAUCGGCAGCCAUUGAAUUAUUUCGAAAACAAUUUCGUAAAAACAUUGCAUUUAACUAACGAAUGCUUCUCAUAUGAAUAUAUUUAUUUACUUUAAAUAUACGGCAUAAAAAAUUAGCAAUAUUUCUUGCUAUAAUAUUUUCUAAGUUACCUUUUUAUUUAUUUUCUAAGCUUUACUUUAUAUGUUUCAUAUUUAAUUUUUUUUCAUAAGCUUACUGGCAACACUGGCAACUUUUAUAUAAAUAUAUUGGUCCUUUGUCUUUUUUAAACGCUACUUUAAAUUUAUUUUGAGCAUUUUUCUCUGUUUAAAUGUCUCUGAAGUUUUCAUUUCAGUUAGUGCGAAGGUUUUCAAAGUACACCUAUUGUGUUGAAGUGGAUUCUUGCUGGAAUUGAAGUAAGAGAGCUAAAGAAUUGCAAGCUUUUUGAAGAACGUGAUCCAGUGUAAUAAUUAGCCAUGCCUCUAGUUUCCUCAACGUGAAAGAAAUUCUGAACGAUUCGGCCGAAAAGUGAUACGUUCGAUAAUCAUCUAGCAAUACUACCAAUCUGCUGAAAGUGGUUAGAGCAAUAAAAUUAGUGUUGGUGGCGAUUAUAUAUUGAUUAUCUUUAAAUAAUUAUAUUGAUUACUUUUAAAUAAAUAUGAAAUCUGAAAAAUAAAUGUUUUAUUUUAU